AUAACAAUGAAAACAGUUAUUGAUUUCAGCGGUUAUAAUUUUAAAAAUAAAUUCAUAAUAAGAGAAUUUUGUUUGUGCCGAUUAAUUGAUUUGAAAGUAAUAGAUGACCCAAUCAUAGUUAUUAAAGAUCCAUUAUUUUCUGUUUUGUCGCAACCGGAAUAUAAUAGUUACAAAAAUUUUAUUAAUAAAUUCGGUAUCAAACACACACAUGGUUUAUAUUCAUUGUAUGAAUUUCGUCAAAAAUUGAAAAAAGUGAUUAAUAAAAACAGUAAGAUUUAUGUGCGAAAUGCCGAGCAGUUAAGUAAAUUAAUAAGUUUUAUCGAUGACAGCAACUUCAAUUUUAAUGAAGUAAAAUUAAUGAGUGAUCUAGGUUUCGAUGAUAAUUAUGAAUUGACUGGAACUAAUUGUCCUCAUCAUAUUAAUAAAUCAAAUAAUUAUUGCGCGGGUGAUAAUGCGAAAUUAAUGGCUGAUUGGUUACGACACAAAAAAUUAGAUAAAUUAAAAUUAUUAAAUAAUAUGCAAUUAGUAAUUAAUUUCAGCGGUUAUUAUGAUUAUAAGAAUGAACUUACAAUUAAAGAAUUAAGUAUUGUUGGAUUGAGUAAUGACGGUAAAAUUAUUUAUCAUAAACUAUAUGUUACUAAACCAGUAAAUAAUCCAAUUAGUUUUAUAAAUCGUAUUAAUAAAAAUAAUUACAAUAAUAAUUUUUAUGAUAAUUUUGGAAUUAAGUAUGAAGAUGGAAACUGUGAAUUAUUUCGAGUUAAUAAUAAAAUUCGUAAAAUAUUACUUCAUCAUGACAUUGAAAUAAUUUAUGUUAAAAAUUAUUAUUAUUACAAUCUAUUGAGUAAAAUUGUUGCAAAUAUUAAACGAUUUGACGUUAUUUGUUUGGAAGAUUACAAUUAUAUUGAUACAUAUGAUAUAAAUACCAAUUGUGGGUAUCAUACACAUAAGGAUAAUAAUAAAAAUAUAUGCGUCGAUAACAGCACAGUUAAUAUGGUUAAUUGGAUACUAACCAACGAGUUUUAUAAAUCUGAGGUUAGGAAUCGGUUUUCUGGAACUUCGUUACACGAUGAUAUUAAUAUUGAUGAUGAAUUGGUUAAUCAAUUUAUAAUGGAUGAUAAUAAUGAAUUACCAUCAAUUAGUUCUGAUGAUUUGGAAUGGUUAUAAAAUGAUUUUGAUGAUCUAUAAAAAAUUAAGCAUA